ACAAGUUGAAACGUGCGUUUCGAAAUGAAUGAAUGGGUGUGACCAUUUUGCUAGCGCAAUCAUCUUGUUCCCCAAUUAAUUAGGUUUUUUCAGAGUAUCACAUUUUGCAUCGAUUCAUCUACGCACGCCACCGUCAAUCAUCUCAGCACAACGUUGCGAUUCGGACAAUCGCAAUACGAUGUCCUUCUUGAAGCAUUUUCUUGGUGACAGAAUACAAUUUCCAGUACUAAUUUUACAAUACAAAGCAUCUUUUUCAGGUCUGACCUGUACCUCAGAUAGUUUCACCAGUCAAGUCUUUCUGUGUGGCAUAUCAAAUUUCAUUAGGACUAACCAGACUGCAAAACAAGGCAUACUUAUUGACUCCAUUUGGCUAAAAUGACAGAAAUCCUUAGCUACACCGCUUCCAGACAGUUAUCUCAAAUGUUCCUUGCCAUUGCCUUCUUUCACGGUUCUGAAUAUUUUCUAGCAGUUGUCAUUCAUGGGAGAUCAAAUGUAACUCUAAAGUCUCUUUUGAUUAGCAAACAUUAUAUUGUGGCAAUGAUUUUUUCGUUGCUGGAAUACAUCAUUGAGAUUGUUUUAGUACCUGAGCUAAAGGAACAUUGGGUGAUCAGUGAUUUGGGCCUGGCACUGGUUCUGAUUGGGGAAAUUAUAAGGAAGAUGGGAAUUUUAACAGCUGGGAAAGCCUUUACACAUCUUAUAAAGAUUUAUCACGAGGAGCAACACCAGCUGAUUACUCAUGGUAUAUAUAGUUAUAUCCGUCAUCCAGGGUACUGUGGUUUCCUCAUUUGGUCGGUUGGUACUCAAAUAAUGCUCUGCAAUCCCAUAUCAACUAUUGCAUUUGCAGCUGUUGUCUGGCGCUUUUUUGCCAAGCGGAUACCUUAUGAAGAAUACUUUUUGAGACAGUUUUUUGGAACACGGUAUGAGGAAUAUGCCCGAAGAGUUGGGUCAGGGGUGCCAUUUGUAAAAUGAAGAUCUAUCAAUUAAGUGAGCUGAGCCAUAUCCUGUCACACCUAAUUCAAGUAAUAAAGGAAGUUUGAACCAUUUUUCUCUUGAACAGUUUUGAUCCAUGCUUCACAUUUCUGGAGGUAUAAACUGCUUGCUUUCAGCUUGUGGCUGUACUAACACCUCCUUUCAUUAUAUGCAGCUGUGCUUGUGUGAAGCAUCUGAAAAUAAAAAUCCAGGGUUGGGUUAGAUGGUGAUCAUGUUAAGUUUCAUGGUUGGACGAGAUUGUUGCAGAUUAUUCAUGGGCUUCUAGCAAGCCUACUGAUUUUACCACUGGCAACGAUUCUGGAAUGCACUGAUCAGGCAUGCUCAAACAAGUAAAAUUAGUUUGGCUACUAUUUAACUAGGAUUUUGUUGUUUGGUUAUCCUCUUUUGGUGAUGUAUCUUGCUUCAACAUUUGCAUUCUUGUUGUAACCUUUCAUCACUUGCUGGAACAAAAAUGCUAAAAACUAGAGAAAUAAAAUGUAAUCACAAUGAGCAACAGCGGAACACCAUUAGAUUCCAUAUAGAUGUUCUAAAUGCAUUGAUAUGAUUAAUGCAAAAAUACAAGUAUGGAAGAAAUAAUAUUAAGACUUAA